CGUGAUCACAUCCCAUACCGUAUUGCAUGCAUUGUAAUCUGGUAAUUGUUUUGAAGAAGAAAGUUGAUCACUCCAAGUGAGAAAUUCUCUUGCUGUUGGGUAUGGAGAGGUGACAGUAGCGUAAUGGCAUCUGCAGCAGUGCGACGUGUAGCUCUUCGGGCGAGGCCUGCCUACCUUCGGCCCAGGCAAUUUUCAGUUGCCCGACAGCUUCGAGUGCCACAGGUUUCUGCAGCGCUGUCUCAUGCGUAUGAGUUGAAUCAAAGUGAAGGAAUUGGUCGAACUCUUUUUGACAAAGUCGUGCACAAAAACGAAGACACUCCAUCAUCAUGGGAUGCUCUCUUUCCAUACAUGUUGACUGUGUUCCAAAUACAGAAGAAGAGCCCCAUCCCUCUGUUCUUGCAGCUUGACAAGAGAGGGCUGCUUAAGGGCUAUGGGAAGUGCAGCGCUCUCCGCUACUUCUUGCAGGAGAAUGACUCAGCUAUGGUGGAGUACUGCCUCAAAACAAUGGAUGCAGCAGAUUAUGGUGACCGUGUAUUUACGGACGUCAUCUACUAUCUAGAAAAGCAAGGUCGUCAUGAAGAGGCGGACAUGAUCACCAAGCACUCCUAUCAGCUGUGCGAUAGCAAGAGGCUUUUUACGAGAGCGCCUGCUAUGGUCGAAAUUGUGCAGCGGGCUAUCAAGCGGACGCAGCCCUUUGCCAAGUUCGACUCCUCUGAGUGGCUAAAUGUUGCAGAAUUGACCUACCUUUGUCAAGACUUUCAUGAUCAGUCUAUCGACAACAGCAACUGCGAGAGCCGUUUCCGUGCCAAGAACUACAUGACACGGGCUGAGUUCCGGGCCUGCUUUGAAAAAGAGCUGUGGCUUGAGUCGAAUCCUACUGAGUCCUGCUUGUUUGUCAAAGUCGACCAGUUGAACAUAACAGCGCGGCAGGCCAAUGCCACCUAUGUCGGCAAGAUCUCCAAGUUUAUUGAUCAGCUCGUCAAUCAGUUUGAGGUGGGCAUGGUCGACUUCAUCAAGAAGAAGCAGAUGACAGUGCGUGAUAUCCUUGUCCACCCGGAUGUGCUAGACAACACUGACUACUCACCCGAUGCCUAUUACACCGAUCUGAUCUUCAUGCUGAUGGAUCCGGAGCGCACUGCCAAGUCGCUUGCUCACUUUUUCUACCGCCAAAUCCUGGUGAACGCAGUCAAAGUCUCACAGGAAACUGCACAUCGUCUCAUUUCAGACUGCAGCAAAUUCAGUAUUGGGUACCAAGACAUUCUCAACCAGGAGGGUAUUGAAAAGUUGUACAAGAUUUUUGAGCAGUUACACUAUGACAUGCCCGAUGAGAUGUCACGGCUCCCAAUCCGCUAUUUCAUCAACUACAUGGUAUCGGAAGGCGAGGGUGAAAUAAGUGGGAAACACUAUGUCCACAGUUAUUACACCAUGCGGGCACUCAGUCAGAUUGUGAUGAACACGAUGCACAUCGGCAAAUUCCGUCGUCUCAAUGGAGAAUGGGCAAAUGCGUUCACUUUUGAUCCUGACAACCAAUGUCUUCACAUUGAUCCUGCUCUGGACCCAGCCCGAGCGGUGUUUAAAGACACGAGUAUCACGAAGUUCAUUGACCCGACUAAAAUGCCACUUGAGGCUCCUCCUCUGUUCACCAGUAGACUGACUCGCGGCGGUGGCAAGCUACUCAUCAACAUGUCAAAUGUGAUGUUGUGCCUGACACCGAUGAAGUUCAGUAAUGUUGUGUGCGAUGCUCUCGAUGCUGUGGGCCAGGUUGCCUACAGGCUGGAUGCCAGGGUGAUUGACACGAUCAUGGCUCGGUUGAAUGAGCUUCGCCUGGAUCGAGCCGACUACAUCAUGUGUAUUCCUCCUGCGCUGCAAACACUGAAGAUGGUGAAGUCGGUGGGAAAGGACGUGACCGGCUUGUCUGACACACUGCUAGCCCAGCAGGCUGCAGAAGAGUACAAGGGAAUGCGACAGGAUAUCGGCAACCGAUUAACCAUUUGCAACUAUUUUAGUGAUGAGCGUCCUUACUGGGGAAUCCCCGUCUUGGACUUCCGCGGCAGGCACUACAAUCGUUCAUCUUUCUUGGCCAAUACCAGUCCUGAUGUAAUCCGUGGCAUGGUCCGCUUUGCCACUGGUGUACCUCUGGGUUCUAAUGGUUGGGACUGGCUCAAGGUACAUCUUGCCAAUCUUCAUGGUGGAUGCAAGAAGCGAUCACGUGAGCAGAAGAUUGAGUUUGUCAACGAUCGUAUGGACGACAUCAUUCACUCUGUGGAUGCACCGAACGAGGGUCACCAGUUCUGGAAGGAAUGCGACUCACCAGUCCAGGCCCUCAUCACGUGCUAUGAAGUCAUCGAUGCGCUGCGCUCAGGCUGUCCGGAGACCUAUGUAUCCUGCUUGCCCGUUCAUCAGGAUGGUUCUUGCAAUGGUAUGCAGCAUUACUCUGCACUGGGACGUGACAUGGAGGGUGCAAAGUUGGUCAGCUUGUCGGCCAAGCCUAGCUCGUUGGAUUUGUACAGUAGUGUUGCCAAGAGGGUCGAAGAGAAACUCCUUUCCCAGAUUGACAACCCGAUGCUUCCCGCGAACAUCCACACUCUGGCGCGCAAGUCUCUUCCGUUUGCCGUCCGAAAGUGUGUGAAGCAGACCGUGAUGACAACUGUGUACGGUGUAACAAAGGCCGGUGCUGAAUUGCAGGUUGAGCGUGCUAUCAGAAGACAGUACGGUCAAGCCGUGCCUGACCUGAGCCGAAUCUCACCUCAUCUGGUCAAGACCAUCUUCGAGGUGCUGGAUGAGGUGUUCGCCGUGGCUAGAAAGAUCCAGAGGUGGCUGCUGACGUGCGUCACGCGUGUUUCCCAGCAGGGCCACUUCAUGACAUGGAUGACACCGCUGGGACUUGUCGUGGAGCAGCCGUACGCACGUGUGCCUAUUGGCCACGUUGUGAAAAACCGCUUGUUUGAGCCGAGCUUUGUCCUGGAGGCUGGUGGAGAGUUUGACAUCAGGAUCCGGGAAGUGAGCAGCGCAAAGCACACCAUUGCCUUUGCACCCAACUUCAUUCACAGCUUGGAUGCCACACACAUGAUGAUGACUGCCAUGCAAAUGAGAAAGGAGGGAUUUGUGUACGGCGCUGUGCACGACAGUUACUGGACGCAUGCUGCUCACAUUGAUGACAUGAACCGAAUCAUCCGUGAGCAGUUUGUCGCACUCUACCAGCAACCCAUCAUCGAGAACCUGGCAGCACAGCUGCAAGAGAACUUCGGUGACCCCAAUGUGAACUGGAAGGAAGACGUCUUCAUGAACUUCCCCAAGCCAGGUCACUUUGAUAUCACCGAGGUGAUGCAGAGUGAACGUUUCUUCAGUUAGAAGCUACCUUGAUACCAGUGAUGUACCGAAGAGGCAGCUUUCCUUCCGUUAGGUAUGGAUAAAUAGUCCACUUUCUAUAGUCCACUUUACAUAGUUAUUUUUAUGAAACACAUACCACAACAGUUGAUUUUUUCCUUUUCCUUUUCUUUCUUAAACUCGCGUAUUAUAAUUUUAGAUGUGCUCUCUUCUUGACCAACUAUUGUACAAACCUAAUCAUGUGUGCCCAACUAACGAAUUGGGUGGUGCUAGUUGCACUGCAAUGUAGCAGCAGCAGCAACAGUAUGGUGUCUGUUUGUGCAUGUGUGCAAGUCUGUCUGUAUAUGCCUGCAUGUGUGUGUACGAUUGUCAAUAAGGGUCCAAGGCCACAUU